AUGAAACUAAUCGCUCUUGUUUAUUCCUUUGCGGCUGUAGCUGAGGCCAACUUUUUCAACCCCAUCCUUUCUGGCUUUCACCCCGAUCCAAGCUGCAUUCAUGUCGACAAUGCGUUCUUCUGUGUAACCUCAACCUUUACGUGGUCUCCUGGUGUUCCAGUCUAUACAAGCACAGAUUUACGCCACUGGACUCUUGUGAGCCAUGUCCUCAAUCGACGUGAACAGCUCCCGCAGCUGGAAAACGCGCCAACUGGCCAAGAUGGCUUAUUUGCAUCAACAAUUCGCCACCACAACAACACCUUCUAUGUAACAACUACCUUCGUGUCUAUCACUUCCUAUAAGGAAUUCACCAUGCAAAACCUCAUAUUCUCAACAAACAACCUCUUCAACGCAUCAUCGUGGAGCAUUCCUACUGAAUUCAAUUUCACCGGCUACGAUCCUUCUCUCUUCUUUGACGACGACAGCGACACCGUCUAUUUAACUGGGGCUGCUGUCUCAUCUACUGGAACCGCGAUUGCGCUGACUACCAUUGAUAUCGGAACAGGAGUCCUCGGGGAUUUCUCGUAUCCAUGGAACGGCACCGGGCUGGGGACCGCCGAAGGACCCCACCUUUACAAGAAAGACAACUGGUACUAUAUCCUUGUUGCCGAAGGAGGUACUAAAGAAUUGCAUCGCGGCUCCAUCUCCCGUUCCCGCACUGUCUAUGGUCCUUACGAGAGCAACCCAGCCAAUCCAAUCGUCGCCGCCGAGCACUUGAACUCAUCAUACAUACAAACAGUUGGCCAUGCUGAUAUCUUCCAAGACAAAGCAACCGGACACUGGUGGGGGGUCGCACUCGCAAUGCGUUCAGGAGCCAAGUUCGAGACGUAUCCUAUGGGCCGAGAGACGGUCUUAUUCCCAGUUUCCUGGUCAGCAGGCGAGGGCUCGUGGCCGCGUCUGCUCGAACCCGUUAGAGGACAGAUGAUGGCGUCACUUCCUGGCACACUUACCAACUCCAGCAGUCUGCCUGGCAUUCAUCAUGGGAUUGAUGUGGUCGACUUUGCGUCAGACUCCGUCCUGCCCUCACAUUGGGUACAUAUUCGAUACCCAAACGAGUCAGCGUACUCGAUUUCUCUCGAGGGACAUGCAAAUUCGAUGCGACUCGGCUUGUCAUCAAGAAACUUAUCGUCGAUGAUUUUGCCUCAUGACACUCUUACAAAGGACAUCACAUUUGUCGGUCGCCGGCAGACAGAAACGCUCUUUUCAUUCAGUGUCGAUCUGGACUUUGACCCCCAGUUACUCGGAGAAGAGGCUGGCAUUUCCGUAUAUCUGGAUGAAAAAAGACACAUUGACUUUAGUGUGGCGUUUGACAACCAGACAACCAGCGGGAAACUGCUUCAAGUUCAGUCAUUCAGUAGCAACGAGAAUGUCACUGUGCCGCAACCCGUCACCUUACCUCUGCCUUCAGAAUACCGAAACCGCACACCAAUUCGCUUGGAGGUUUUGGCAUCAAACACGACGCAUUACACAUUCCUUGCUGGUUUUCCAGAUUUGUGCAAACCCGAAGCUGUUCAUAUGAUGAUAGUUGGGCAUGCAGGUGCAAGUCUAGUGAGCGGUGGAUACACGGGGGUUGUCAUUGGGGUAUACGGAACCACCAACGGUCAAACUAUCAAACGAAAGUCAGCAGCAUACGUAAGUAGAUGGAGGUACUCUGGCAGAGGACAGUAUAUAGACUAUGAUCUCGUGGUAAAGGACGUUCGUGUUUGA